CCGAAUCAUCAAGAUCCGGCUCCAUGACCAGCGAGCUUAGGAGCAGCAGCAGUAGCAGUAGAAGCAGCAGUGUUAGAAGCCAGAACUCAUCAAGUAGCAUUAGUUCAGCAAACAGCAUUACAAAUCCAGAAAUCUCCAAUAAACCCAGAAUGCGAAACCAGUUCCAAACGCAUCCAAGUCCAAAGCCUCAACUUAAAGUAUCAAAUUCAAGGCAAGUAAGUUUUGGUCAUCUGAAUAGAAAAUCAUCAGCGUGGGACUUUGUCCGUUUGGGUGUGGUUCCUGCACCGGAAAUAGGAUUGCAAGAUCUUAAAGUUCGUCGUUGUACCAAUAACAACAAAAACAAAACUUCUGCGAGUAGCAAUGGCAGUAAUGAUACUAGCAGCGAAAGGAGCAAUAAUCAUGGUUUCAGACGGAUGGUGGGGAAAGCCGGUGGUGGGUUCUUGAAGGGCUGUAAGUGUUCGGUUGAAACGGUGCCGUUCGACAUCAUGAUUGCUAAAAGCACCACCAAGAAGACAGAAAGUACAACGCACGCCAUGAAAGAAAAAGCAAAGCAGAAGCAGAGGAGGAAGGCAGUGUCACGUCAUCGAACGUUUGAAUGGUUAAAAGAGCUUUCGCAUGCAAGCCAUGGCUAUGACGACGAAGAGGAAGCUUUGUUAUCAAGCUCAACACAUAGUAGUGUAUUAUAAUAUUGUAAUAACUUUAACUUAGUCUAUGGGCUGCCUUUUGCGGCAUUUAAUUUGCUUCCUUAGCUUUAAUUUGAAUUAUUCUAUAAUAUUGUAGGGGCCGGCUCAUUGAUCAAGGCAUGUCUCUCUCACAUUCUCGUGAGGAUGAAGAUGUUGUACUGUGA